AUGCACCGCUCGCUUGACAAGACACCUCUUUGCUUGCCACAGGGACUGAGUGAAUAUAAGAGAAACUUCAGAUGGAAAACCCCAGAGUUUUGUAGCCCGUCCCAACAGCAGAAAUCCUUGUGGGCAGGACUUCGGUCGGAUCAGUUUGGAAUCACAAGAGAACCAAACUUCAUUUCCAAGAGAAGGGUUCCUUACCAUAAUCCACAGAUUUCGAAGUCCUUUGAAUGGACAGCAGAUUGUGAUUUGAAUGACCCAGUUGAAGCUGAGGCUCUUAGGACUGCAGAGUUACACACAGACCACAACAACAAUGAUGUGAAUCAGGAAAAAGUUGAAACGCCAGAAGGACCCAGACUCCCCCCAGAAGUUCAGUCACAUUUGGUAGAUUCUAGACGUGAAACGGGUCUUGCCCUUGCAGAAAACAACAUGAAGCAAUCACCCUCUGCAGCUCCGCCAAAUCAAAAUGGAGCAUUUGCAUCUCCAAAAAAGGAAUUUGAAAAAAUGGGUAAUGGGCUUCACAGAGUCCUUCAGAGGAAAGCAGGCAUAAAUAUUUCACAUUUAAAUACUUUCCCCAGAAAUUCUGAGUAUCAAAGCCAGUUUGUUUGGAAAAGUCCUCAUGAAAAGUCACCAAUACUUGCAGCUGAGCAGGUUGUUUGCAACACAAGUAAAUCCAUAUCUACGUUUAAAUCUCCUGCAAUUACUUCUGAAACUGCACAUGAGACAAAUUUCAAAGGGUCUCCUCCUGUUAAAGGUCCACAAGACACAGGUGGUUCAGAAGAGAAAGAGUUUCUGAGUAAGAGGGAAGAACCAUUUCAAAAGCCAGCAGAAGAUGCAGCAAAACAAGGGAAAUCAGAACAGAAACAUCCUAAACAAAAAAAUAAGCAACAUAUCAAUCCAAAGCCCCUCUCUUUACAUACAAGUCGUGGGAAGAUGAACACUGAAUAUAGGUCAAAAUUUUUGUCUCCAGCCCAGUAUUUCUACAAAGAUGGAGCUUGGUCUCGUAUUAGGAGUAAAGUUCACAAUCAG